AUGAGCUGCUGCAGUCACCUUUGUUCCGAAUUGAAGAACCCUCUAUUCAGCGUGGAAGAACCACCCAAGGGAAGAUUGGAUCUUAACGCCCAUUUUCAUGUUGGUCAAGGUGUCAAGUCCAAGGUGGGCAUUACGAAGCUAAUCACCUUUUGCAUUUCCAUUGCCGUCUUGGUAUAUGCCUUUUACAAGAAUCCCGAGCCUUCCUUUUAUGCUGCUUAUCUAACGCCUUGGGGAGUCUUUUUUUGCAUUUGGUACUUGGGCGCUUCCUUUUGUGUGACUGCCUGUGGGUUUGCUGACAAUUCCACCCGGGAACGAGCCACAGUGUUGGUCAAAUUUGCCUGGUUCUUUUAUUCGGUGGCGGCAGUCUUGGGAUGUUGCAUUGCCGGGCUCUAUUGGACCGCUGUCUGGACUCCCGCGCGAGGAGUGGAACUCAAUAACGUCAUGACGCAUGGUGGACUCUUGGUCAUUGUGCUACUACAAGGAUUGUUCGUAGAUCGAGUUCCAUUACGAAUCAAGCAUAACCUUUUCGGGACGGCUCCAAUUGCUCUAGCCUACAAUAUAUGGCUGGCCAUUCAGAACCUUGCGGUCAAGUACAAUCCGAAUCAGGAUGACGACGACGAUGCGCUCUACGAUGCUGUCAAGUGGAGGGAAAAUCCAACGGGGGCAAUCAUUCUGACAAUUAUCGUUUUGUUUGUUGCCAUUCCAUUCUUCACCAUGCUACUCUGGUUGCUAUCUCUACCAGGAAGACGGUAUUUGGAUGAUGGCAACGACUACGACGACGGCGACGACGACAGCAAGUCGCCAGAUACACACAAUGAAUACGAUGCGGGUGAUGAAAUGCCGUGA